AUGACUAAAGACUACAUUUGGUGGAAAGACGCUACUGUUUAUCAAAUCUGGCCUGCUUCAUAUAAAGAUUCAAAUGGAGAUGGUGUAGGUGAUAUUCCAGGUAUUAUUUCUACAUUGGAUUAUGUUAAAUCUUUAGGAACUGACGUAAUUUGGCUCUCGCCAAUGUACGAUUCUCCUCAAGAUGAUAUGGGGUACGAUAUUUCAAACUACGAAAGUGUUUAUCCAAAAUAUGGAACUUUAGAAGAUAUGGACAAGUUGAUUGAAGGUGCACACGAAAGAGGUAUGAAAUUGAUUUUAGAUUUGGUUAUUAACCAUACAUCUUCCGAACAUGAUUGGUUUAAACAAUCGAGAUCGUCCAAGACCGACCCAAAAAGAGACUGGUAUAUCUGGAAACCUGCACGUUAUGAUGCUGAAGGUAAUAGACAUCCUCCAAAUAACUGGGUAUCUCAUUUCUCCGGAUCUGCCUGGGCUUACGAUGAAGCUACUGACGAGUACUAUUUGCAUCUUUUUGCAGAAUCUCAACCAGAUUUAAACUGGGAGAAUGAAGAAACAAGAAAAGCCAUCUAUAAGUCUGCUUUAUCAUUCUGGUUUGAAAAGGGAAUCGAUGGCUUCAGAAUUGAUACUGCCGGUAUGUAUUCGAAAGUCCAAUCGUUCCCAGAUGCGCCAAUUGUUUUCCCAGAUUCCGAAUGGCAACCAUGUCAUAAGUAUUUCCAAAAUGGGCCAAGAAUUCAUGAAUUCCACAAGGAGAUGUUUUCAUCUGUUACAUCGAAGUAUGAUGCUAUGACUGUGGGAGAAGUUGGCCAUUCACCUCGUGAAGAGUCUUUGAAAUACGUAAGUGCAAAAGAAAAAGAAAUGAAUAUGAUGUUUUUAUUUGAUGUUGUGGAAGUUGGAUCAAACACUGCUGAUAGAUUUAUAUAUGAAGGCUACAAAUUAACUGAUUUCAAAAAGGCUGUUGAAAACCAAAGUUCAUUUAUUGAAGGCACGGAUGCUUGGUCCACUGUCUUCUACGAAAACCACGAUCAGCCAAGAUCCAUUACUAGAUUUGGUAAUGACUCCAAUAAGUAUAGAGUUAAAUCAGGAAAACUUUUAGCUUUAUUGCAGUCUACUUUAAGCGGCACUUUAUAUAUAUAUCAAGGUCAAGAAAUUGGUAUGACUAAUUUACCAAGAACGUGGUCUAUUGAUGAAUAUCUUGAUAUUAACACUAUCAAUUAUUACAAAGAAUACAAAGCUAAAUAUGGAGAUAACAAGGAAAAAAUGGAUAAAUUGAUGGACAGCAUCAAUUUAUUGGCUAGAGAUCAUGCAAGAUCCCCUGUUCAAUGGGAUGAUACUGAAAAUGCAGGAUUUUCUACAGGAAAACCUUGGACGAGAGUUAACGACAACUAUAAGGAAAUUAACGUUGCGUCACAAGUUAAUGAUCCAAAUUCCUUAUUCUCUUUCUGGAAGCAGAGUUUAAAUGUUAGAAAGGAAUAUAAAGAUUUGUUAAUUUAUGGUUCCUUCAAAAUUCUUGAUAAGGAAAACCAAAAAAUCUUUACUUAUGUAAAGGAGACUGCUGGUCAGAAAGCAUAUGUUGCUUUAAAUUUUACUUCAGAAAGUUUGAAAUUUGAGAACUUGGAUGGAGGCAAAUUAGAGUUAUUACACUCAAACGUUAAUGUUGAAGAUGAAAGCACCUUAAGCCCUUACGAAGGUAGACUUUAUCUUGUUACCUGA